CCCGCCUGCCGAAGUCUGCGCGCGAAUGCCGUGGCGCGAAUUUGGGACUACAAAGCUGAACCGAGCGGAGGCGAGUGUGUUACCCUGGCAGUGGUGCCCUGGAUCCAAGCAAGGAACAGCUGACGGGAAAGGAGAAGAACUUACAGAAAGGGAGAAUUCUGAUGCCAAGAUGCAGCGAAGUAUCAUGUCAUUUUUCCAUCCCAAGAAAGAGGGUAAAGUGAAGAAACCUGAGAAGGAGGCAUCCAACAGCAACAGAGAGAUGGAGCCCCCUCCAAAAACAGCACUGAAAGAGUGGAAUGGAGUGCCUGAUGACUCACCAGUGAAGAGGCCAACGAGGAAGACAGCCCGGGUCUUGGGCAGUGAAGGGGAGGAGGACGAUGAAGCCUUGACUCCCACCAAAGGCCAGAAGCCUGCCCCAGACUGCCUGAAAGUCUCCCCUCCUAGUCCUGCCACAUCUCCUGAGAACAGCCCUUCCCUCUCUGAUACCUCUCCCAUGGGUGUCUCCCCAGUGGUGAUCCUGAAGCGCCGUACAGCUCGGAAGCAGCUCCCGAAACGGACAAUUAAGGAUGUCCUGGAAGAGCAGAGGGAGGACAAGGACAGAGAAGCCAAGAAGAGGAAGGAGGAGGAAGGUGAAGCACUGAGAGAAGCAGAGACACCAAGAGAAGGCCUCACAGAGGCUGAAGUGGCAGUGAAAAAGGAAGCAGAAGAAGCAGAAAAACCUAAGGAAAGGGUUUCAGAGCCCAAAGUGUCUGUGAAGCAGGAAGCACAGGAGGAUGAUGCAAAACCUCCCUCCAGAGCUCUGAAGACACUCAGCAGCUUCUUCAUCCCCCGGAAGCCAGCUGUCAAAAAAGAGGUGGAAGAAGAGGGGCCACAGGCUCCAGGAAAGGAGGGCACGGAGGGACCCCUGGACCCAACCAUCUACAAUCCUGCCAAGAACAACUACCAUCCCAUUGAAGAUGCCUGCUGGAAACCAGGCCAGAAGGUCCCUUAUCUUGCUGUGGCCCGGACCUUUGAGAAGAUUGAGGAGGUUUCUGCUCGGCUCCGGAUAGUGGAAACUCUGAGCAACUUGCUGCGUUCCGUGGUGGCCCUAUCACCCCCAGACCUCUUGCCUGUCCUCUACCUCAGCCUCAAUACCCUUGGGCCACCCCAGCAGGGCCUGGAGCUUGGUGUUGGUGAUGGUGUCCUUCUCAAGGCCGUGGCCCAGGCCACAGGUCGGCAGCUAGAAUCCAUCCGGGCUGAGGUGGCUGAGAAGGGAGAUGUCGGGCUGGUAGCCGAGAGCAGCCGUAGCACCCAGAGGCUCAUGCUGCCGCCACCCCCACUCACUGCCUCCGGGGUCUUCAGCAAGUUCCUAGACAUCGCUAGACUCACUGGCAGUGCUUCCACGACAAAGAAGAUGGACAUCAUCAAAGGCCUCUUUGUUGCCUGCCGCCACUCAGAAGCCCGAUUCAUCUCCAGGUCCCUGAGUGGACGGCUACGCCUGGGGCUGGCAGAGCAAUCGGUGCUAGCAGCCCUUGCCCAAGCUGUGAGCCUCACACCCCCAGGCCAAGAAUUCCCCCUAGCCGUGGUGGAUGCUGGGAAGGGCAAGACAGCAGAGGCCAGAAAGUCAUGGCUGGAGGACCAAGUCAUGAUCCUGAAACGGACAUUUUGUGAGGUGCCUGACCUGGACCGAAUUGUCCCUGUGCUGCUGGAGCAUGGCCUGGAACAUCUUCCGGAGCACUGCAGGCUGAGCCCAGGCAUCCCCCUGAAACCGAUGUUGGCCCAUCCCACUCGAAGUGUCAGUGAAGUCCUGAAACGCUUUGAUGAGGCAGCUUUCACUUGCGAGUACAAAUAUGAUGGGCAGAGGGCACAGAUCCAUGUUCUGGAAGGCGGGGAGGUGAAGAUCUUCAGCAGGAAUCAGGAGGAUAAUACUGGGAAGUACCCGGACAUCAUCAGCCGCAUCCCCAAGAUUAAACUCCCAUCGGUCACAUCCUUUAUCCUGGACACUGAAGCUGUGGCUUGGGAUCGGGAAAAGAAGCAGAUCCAGCCAUUCCAAGUGCUUACCACUCGCAAACGGAAGGAGGUGGAUGCAUCAGAGAUCCAGGUGCAGGUGUGUUUAUACGCCUUCGACCUCAUCUACCUCAAUGGACAGUCCCUGGUACGUGAGCCUCUUUCCCGACGCCGGCAGCUGCUCCGAGAGAACUUUGUAGAAACAGAGGGUGAAUUUGUCUUCGCUACUUCCCUGGACACCAAGGACACUGAGCAGAUUGCCGAGUUUCUGGAGCAGUCUGUGAAAGACUCUUGCGAGGGGCUGAUGGUGAAGACCCUGGAUGUUGAUGCCACCUACGAGAUUGCCAAGAGAUCACACAACUGGCUCAAGCUGAAGAAGGACUACCUCGAUGGUGUGGGUGACACCCUGGACCUUGUGGUGAUCGGAGCCUACCUGGGCCGAGGGAAGCGGGCUGGCCGGUAUGGGGGCUUCCUGCUGGCCUCCUACGACCAGGACAGUGAGGAGCUGCAGGCUAUAUGCAAGCUUGGAACUGGCUUCAGUGACGAGGAGCUGGAGGAGCAUUACCAGAAGCUCCAGGACCUGGUGCUUCCUGCACCCCGCUCCUACGUGCGCAUAGAUGGUGCCGUGGCUCCCGACCACUGGCUAGACCCCAGCACCGUGUGGGAGGUGAAGUGUGGAGAUCUCUCCCUCUCUCCCAUCUACCCCGCUGCCCGGGGCCUGGUGGAUAGUGAGAAGGGCAUCUCCCUUCGCUUCCCUCGGUUUAUUCGAGUCCGUGAAGACAAGCAGCCAGAGGCAGCUACCACCAGUACCCAGGUGGCCUAUUUGUACCGGAAACAAAGUCAAAUUCAGAACCAACUUGGUGAGGACUCAGACUCUAACCUUGAAGACAUAUAGUAAACUGCUGCCUUCGGGACUGGGGCGUAAGGCAAGAGGUGGAGGGAAUCCAAGGAUAUUAUCUGUGCUUUUCAGUAAAUCUGGUGUUGCAAUCUGUGGUUUUAGAGAGUCAGGGGUAUGUGAGGGGGGUGGUUUGGGAUUCAUCUGGUCAUUUCUUUCAAUAAAUAAUUAUCAAACACUC